AUGACAGCAAGAGAGCAGGCGCUGGCGCCCAAUUCAAGUCAACCCGAUAGCAGAGGAAUAGACUCGUCGUCGACUGGGACACCUGAAGAUACCCCGGCUGAAACAUCAAGGCAUGCAUCCAGUCUUUCCCUACGAUCGGACCACACCGAUGUCUCACCCGGCGAACUCGAGGCGGCGCAAGAAAAGCAAAAAGAGGACUUGAUAGCGUCCGCCAAGGAAGAAGAACAAGAAGAUCCGAAUCUGGUCACAUGGGACUCGCCAGACUCGCAAGAGAAUCCUCGCAACUGGUCGCAUCGUCACAAGUGGGCGGUGACCAUCUUGGUUUCGAGCUACACCUUUCUCAGCCCCUUGGCAUCCUCCAUGAUCGCGCCGGCUCUGCCCUUGCUCAGUCGAGACUUUGGCAUCACCUCCAGCGUCCAGGAGAGCUUGAUGCUCUCGACGUUUGUACUUGCCUACGCAUUCGGCCCGCUCGUUCUUGCGCCCCUAACCGAGAUGUUUGGACGCCGAAUCGUGCUACAGACGACUAACGUCAUCUUCAUCGCUUUCAAUCUCGGCUGCGGUGGCAGUCAAAAUGCCACCCAAUUGACCGUGUUACGGUUCUUCGCUGGACUCGGCGGAUCGGCCCCGCUAGCAUGUGGCGGCGGCACGAUCGCUGAUCUCUUUGAGCCGCGCGAACGAGGCUCUGCGAUGGGCAUGUACAGUCUAGCGCCUCUCCUCGGACCUGCGAUUGGACCGAUCGUUGGUGGAUGGAUCGUGCAACAGACGGGCCAAUGGCGGCCCAUCUUUUGGGCCUCGAGUGGCUAUGGGGCGCUCACGGCUUUCAUCGGAUUGUUCUUGCUGCCGGAGACGUACGCUGCGCAGAUCCUCAAGACCAAGGCACGAAGACUCAGGAAGGAGACAGGCAACGAGGAGUUGCAUACCAUCUACGAGAAGCAAGAUCCGUCGAGCUGGCAUGUCAAAUUACGCCACAACAUGGUGCGCCCCUUCAUGCUGCUGACGACACAGCCGAUCAUCCAGGUGUUCUCUGUAUACCUGGCCAUCAUCUACGGAUGCAUGUACAUCCUGCUCACCGUCUUCCCACAGGUGUUUGGCGAGAUCUACAACGAAAAGCCGGGGAUCGCGUCUCUCAACUACAUUUCGCUCGCUAUUGGGUUCACGGUGGGAGGCCAGGUGGGCGGAAGGGUGGUGGACUACUCGUAUCGCAAGCUUAGUGCGCGACAGCCAGACGGCAAGGGUCAACCCGAGUUCAAGCUGCCGCUGCUGAUGGGGUCAUCGAUCUUGUUUCCCGCUGGAUUGCUGAUCUAUGGCUGGACGGCCGAGUACAAGACACACUGGAUCGGACCCAACAUCGGAGCAGCCUUGUUCGCAGCCGGAGCCAUGGGCACCUUCCUGGCAUGUCAAAGCUACCUGGUGGACGUGCUACCGCUGUACGCUGCUUCUGUGCUAGCCGCAGCGGUGUUUGUACGCAGUCUGGGUGGGUUUGGGUUUCCCAUUUUUGCGCCAACCAUGUAUGAUGCAUUGGGACAGGGAUGGGGCAACACGAUCCUCGCCUUGGUGUCGGCGGUGAUCGGCAUCCCAGCUCCAUAUGUGCUGUAUCGAUAUGGGCCGUGGCUUCGAGCCAAGAGCAGGUAUGCUGCGGACGAUGCCAACGCCGCGCGUAUGACAUAG